GAAGGGGCGGGCCUCGGCCACUCGCGUUCCCCUCCCCCAAGCCCUCGCUGCGCCUGCGCGCUGGGGACAACCGUUGCAGGGCGCCCACGGCCCUGAGGAGGGACUGUCGCGGCUGACACCCUCUCUUUUCGGCCCUGAGGUACCCGGCCUGGUGGCCCAGGACGUUCCCGUCGCAUGGCGGAGUGCUGCGGACGGUGCCCAUGAAGUUCUUAGUCCUAGUUGUGCUGUUGCUAUGGCUUUCAUCCGUGCCUGCCUUUCCGAGUAUAACUGUGACGCCUGAUGAAGAACAAAACUUAAAUCAUUAUGUAGAAGUUUUACAGAACCUAAUACUAAGUGUUCCUACUAGGGAGACAGGUCGUGAGGAAAAAUCAAAGUCUCCAAAUAAUGCUCAUUCUAUAGGACCAAAGUUAUCAAGAUUUAAGGAGAUAAUUACACAUGGAGACACUUCAACUAAAAAUGAUGUUUUAACGAGUCCUGUCAGUGAAGAAACCACAGCAUCUCCCACUGGAGGCUUCACAAUGCCAGGAAGGAAGGGAAAAUCUACUGAAAGUACAGCAUUCUGGUCAAUUAAACCAAAUAAUGUUUCGGUUGUUUUACAUGCCGAUGAACCUUAUAUUAUUAAAGAGCCAGAGCCAGAGCCCGAUUCAGAAGUAAGAUCCACUGAGGCGCCAACGCCAUUGCCAAAUGUUACUAAAUCAUCCACAAGUCCAGAUGUCACCCCUUUAAGUAGGAGCACUGACAUGGAUACUGUCACAGAACCAGAAGACGUUCCUCAGCUCUCAGGCGAAUAUACAGUGGGAACACUUGAAACAAUAACAUUUGGAAGACACCCACAGAUUUUGAAUAAUGAAGACAUUUUGAAAAAAAUUUCAGAUAUUAGUUCACAGGUGCGACAGGCACCUCUUGUUGAAAGCCUCAAGCCAGAAUACAGAGAGGACAUUCGAGCCUCUAGAGAGCACCUAAAACGAAGCCUUGCUUUAGCAGAAGCAGCAGAACAUAAAUUACAAAAAAUGUAUAGAUCCCAGUUCUUACCACUUGGCCGAAGCAGUAGUGGAACUGAUGACAUUGAAACUGUAAUUAACAUGCUGUACAAUUCUAGGUCUAAAUUAUCUGAAUAUUUGGAUAUUAAAUAUGUUCCACCAGAGAUGAGAGAAAAGGCUACUACAGUCUUCAAUACAUUGAAAAAAAUAUUAUGUGUAAGUCAACUAGAAACUCAAAACCUUAUUAGGAAGUUAUUAAACAAUAAUAUAAAAAUGUUGCACCUACUUGAUAUUCCAUGACAAAAAUUGAUUGAAACGACCUAUGCAUUCACUUCACAGAAGAAAUAAGCACAUUAGUGAUUCACAAGUUGUAUAAAAAUAUUUUCUACUGUUCAAUGUGCCAACAUCUCUACAUGUCAUAUGUUCUAAAAUAUUCUCAUAUGCACUAAAGCCUAAUAAUUUAAAAUAAAAUUUUGGUUCAGGA